AUGGACGCGGUAGAGCAGCAGCGCGCCGUUCACGCGCUCGACCGAGGACAUCACCUCCUCCUGAGAUUGGGGCUCCUCGGUGAAGACCGGGGCCUGCUGGAGCACCUUCACCGCCUUUUCCCCAUGCCCGAGACGCCAAUAAAGCAUCGCGAGGUCCGACCGGACGGCGAAAAGCGUCGGAUCGGCCCCCAGCGCGUUCGAGUAAUACUGCACCGCCUUCUCGUAGUCGUGGGUGGAGACGAGGACGCGGCCGAUGCGCACGGCGAGCUCGCUAUUCUCCGGAUCCAUCGCCUUGGCCUUUUCGUACGCCGUGAUGGCCUUUUCCGGGUCCUGCAGGUUCAAAUAGGCCUCCCCGAGCUCCACGUAGCCCGCCGGGGAGGGCCGCUCCUUGACAAUUUCCUCAAAACAUUGGAUAUACCGCGCGGUGUCGUGCUUUUGGCCGAGAUAGAGUUUUGCCAUCUGCACCCGGGUGGCGAUGAAAAAGGCAUUCGAGGAGGGGACCUGGCGGAGAAGUUCGAGGCUUUUGUCGACGUUCGUCCGCGCGAUCAGCAGCGACUGCGCGAUGGUGAUGCGCCCGCUUUGGUUCGUGCUGUUAAACGCCACAGAGGCCUCAUUUAA